AUGUUACAACCUGACCUCUGCUCUACACAGCCAGACCUCCGCUCCACACAGCCUGACCUCCGCUCCACACAGAGUGACCUCCAGUCUGCACAGCCUGACCUCCGCUCCACACAGAGUGACCUCCAGUCUGCACAGCCUGACCUAUGCUCAACACAGCCUGACCUCCAGUCUGCACAGCCUGACCUAUGCUCAACACAGCCUGACCUCCAGUCUGCACAGCCUGACCUAUGCUCAACACAGCCUGACCUCCAGCCUCCACUGCCUGACAUCCAGUCUGCACUGCCUGACCUCCAGUCCAACCUCCACCCUGCACUUGCAGACCACCCCUAUUCAUGUAAUCAUACAGCGCCCCCCAAGACGCCCCGACAUGUGAAGUGCCCUCACUGCACCCUUGUUCUAUACAAAAAAAAUUUGGCUCUACACAUACAAAGACAACAUGGCCUACCAAAAGACAUAACAGCAAAGUCACACCUAAAAGGUACAUGUGUAGACCAAAGCAAAGGCCUGUAUGCAGUCAGAAAAACGUCUUGCGGUUUUUCUGUCCCAAUACAUGUACAGAGAAAAACAUGGGGCCAGACAAAAGUUACAAGGUGUGAGAUGGAGGACUGCCGGCAAUACCACCUGCUCGCCCAGCGGAGUGGCCUCACUCAUAGCACCUGUCACCACAUCAGGUCCAUAGAGUACUGCAACACCUCUGCCACCGAGGUACCACUUCAACAGCAGGUCCUAGACGAAAUGCUCUUAAGCAAAUUUUUUAAUGACUCCAAGGUGGCAGUGUGUAAACACAGACAAAAAGAAGCAGAGAAUGCUCAGGCCCCCCUGUGUGUGUUGGUGGAACUUGAUGGUUCUAAAAGCAAUAUUUGCCUUUCAAUCCAUGAACCAAGGCUACACCACUACAGCACCUUGGGCAGGGUAAUAGUAACCUACAACAGAAAAAAGAACACCUGGCAUUGUCCCUGUGCAAAGGCACGCACAUCUUGUCCACAUAAACAUAUUGCGAAGUGGCACCUUUUUCAGACAGAAAAACACCUUUUCAUGACUGCAACACCAACAACAGCAUCACCACCAUCAACUCCUCUUACCACAGAGAUGGAGAGAACUGUGAGGUAUGUGUAUGGGAGCAAAAAAAUACCUGCCACUCUUCCUGAAGAGGUCACAGCUCACAGACAUUACCCUCAGCAGUUGUUUCCGACUGAAACAACUUGCCAGUUGUGUCCAGAGAACCCUAACUUAGAGGAGGCUGUGCGAGUCACCAGCAAAGCUAAAAUAGUUGGCAUGGAAGGUGUCACACAAAACAUUUCAACUUACAGAAGAAGGUGCACCAAAUGCCAAAUGAUGUACAGGUACCAGGAGUGGACAGAUGGCCUGCACAACUACAAUGACCGCGUCAUCCUGACGCUGCAGCUGUGUCAGUAUUUAAGACACAAUCUUCAGAAUCAUGUGUCUGUGUCCCGAGUCAUCAAUUCUCUUGAGACUUUGUUAAAGAUGAAGUUUCCAGCCAAUGAGUUAAUUUUUCAUGGAUACUGCCAAUUUGAGGCACUCUGCAACACAGAGUACAAAUACUCUUGUGUAAAUUGUGGCUUUUACCCUCCAGUGGUGGUUAUGGACCUCCACAGGAAAGGAGUGUUCAAUUUUGAGGUUAGUGAGCUGGAACAACAUAGGGAUGACUUUUGCGGUGAACACAACAUAGAGGCUUUCUGGGAAUCUGUUCAUCUGCACAUGAUCAGCCGAGGAUUUUUUGAGUUCUCUUCACAGAAUCCAUUUGUUGUUAAACCAACAUAUGACAACUGGGCACCUUGGAUCGGAAGGGAGACUCGUAAAGGAAGUACUGUGCUUAACACCGAGUUCGAAAAGGCCCCAGUGCAGAGCUGCUCGGCUAAACCUCAGUUAUGCGAUAUAACAGAGGACCGCCUGGUUGAUGAGCUGCUGAGGCAAAAGGUGUCCACCAUUCGCAACCUGUGCAAAUCCUGCAACAUGGACACAAAGGGGUCACGCAUGGACCUUGUGAACCGGUUACGGGGGGAAAUGAAGAGCAGGCAGACCUAUGACAAGGUGUUUCAGUCGAUUUGGGGGGCCUCUGGUGGAUGGUCUGUCAUUAUGUGCCCUCAUGGAAUUGUUUACAGCCUUAAAUUCAAUUUAAGAGCUGAAAGCCCCAGGGACUUUGCAGAUGUACUUCUGUCGUGGAAGCAUUUGCCGAAUGUCUGUGUGUAUGACUUUGCGCGGGGGUUGGUAGCCCAUACCAAUCUAAGAGUCCCAGACAACCCUCCAUUUCAGCCCUUUGAGGGAAGGCUUGCUGAGCCAACAACUAACAAUGUAGAGGCUGCCACACAUGGACAACUUAAAGUGCAUCUCCCGUGGCUGGUAGAGAGACUCAGUCAACCGGAUUCCAAUGGCCAUCCUGUGACAGGCUCAGGAAAGCACUACGUCCUCUAUGACAAAUUCCACCAGUCAAACACAAAAGAUCCACAGGAUGUGCUGCGCAGAAUCUUCAUUGCUCCUGAACUGCAGGCAACUCUGAACAGUCAGGUGGCUGAGCAACUGUUCGCUUGUCUGAGGAAGAACAAUUACUUUCUAAACAACAUGGGACCAUCUGCUCACAUCUUCCUGAUGCGGAACAUCAUAGAGCACAGGAACAACCAGCAAAACAACACACUGCUGAAACGCCAGCUGAGAAGGGGUCUUCAGGUUCAAGACCUGAACAGUGUCACCCUGUCAGACUUGGGCCAAGUGCUACUAGGUGCAAAAACAUUGCCAGACAGAACAUCACAGCAAAGUCAUCCGGAAGGUCUACAGCCACCUGUAAUUGAAGUGUCACCGCAAAGUGAACCUUGUCUGUUGAACGCUUCAACUCACUGUGGGCAGGACUGUGCAGCACUGACUGUCAUUGUUAAUAUCAGGCCCUGCAGAAGUUCGUGGGGUCCUAAUGGAGUUCAUCCCCUUCAGGAAAAGCUGUUCAACUACGUACUGAAUGACAGUGGGCCAGCAAAUGAGCUCAUUGUUAAAGCUGGUCCAACAUGUCUAACCAGGGAGAAUUUACUGACCUUGGGGACAAACAGGGAGAUGGACUCUGUGGUGGGGAAUGCUUGUUUGAGGUUGGUUCAGGAGAUGGUCCAACUUCAGGGGAAAGAUGUUUUCAUCAUGGACCUUCACACGCCCCCAACAUGGCUCCCACCCAUGGAUUGUGACCCUCUGCAUAGUCUUCCUGUGGAUUACGCGAAGAAGACACUGAUAUUUCCUCUGUGGACUCGAGGGCAUUAUCUGCUUUGUGUCAUGGAGCCACUGAAAACAUUAAUCUUGUUCAUGGACUCGAUGUAUGCCAAGAAAGAACAAGGCUUUGGGCACAAGCCUUAUCAACACAUUUUGAGGGCUCUUGCACAGAGGAUAGCACCAGGACCUUGGCAGGAACAGACAGGGCUGGACAUUGAGGGCCUCCCACAGCAACAUUUUGGUGUUGACUGUGGAAUUUUCAUGAUCAUGUAUGCUUGGUACAUCGCCCUGGAGACACCAUUUGAUUUCUCCAUACAUGACAUGCCCUACCUGAGGAGGUGGUGGUGCACAGUGUUAAUGGAGAAUCUGGAGAUCGAGGGGCAUGGAAGAAGAUUCGCACAUUUCACAGAGGAGGGCAGAAAGACGGCAGACGGUAGUGUGGCACCUGUUUUCCGUGUGCCACGAAAAAGGAAGCUGGACACUAUGGAUGGUAAUGGGCAGAUAAUAGUUGGGCCACCAGCAGCAACAUCAGCAGCUCCUACAGCCCCAACAGCAGCUCCAACAGUCCAGUGUGACAGCUGUGUCUCCAUUGAACAGAGAGAAGAGAGUUUCAGUGAAUUAGAGGACUUCAAUGAAGAAUGUGAGGACACAAGUUGUGAGGAAAGAGAAGAGCGUUUGCGUGAGAUACAGGAGCUCAGCAAAGACUACCAGAACACUAAAUGGCUCUUCGAAGAGGCAAAAAAGGCAGCAGACUGGUUGAAUGAAAACAGUGGGCUGAUAAAAAAUAAAUAUUGGCUGCCACGGGUGUUGGACAUGGAGGCGGAAGAGCAGGAGGAGGUGCUGGCCAGACAGUUUGUCCAGUUGGACGUUGAAAACAUGAAUUUGUUCACAUUUCAAUUUACCACCGUCCAAGAUCACGAAACAUUUUCUAUUUAUGUACGGGACGAACUUCACAUUCGGGCAAUGACAUCAUUUGUCCAAAGAUCGUUUCCAAAUGAAAAAUAA